CCCACCCGUUUAUAGCACUCUACACUGUUGGUUUUUAUGGGGUUUGUCUGUUGACAGAGACGCUAGUUUCAGAUCGCCGAAUCAAUUAAACCCUAAUUUGCUUAUGGUAAUAUCGCUAUCUGCUAGAGAACUCCAACUCAGCUUCUAUCUCUAUAUGUUGUUUUCGCUAUUCCAUCACCUCAUCAUCUUCAUCAUCUUCAUGCCUCUAAGAGAAGAGAGGAGAACUUUUAAAAUCACAUAAACCCAUGUCAAUUUCUUCUUGAUUUGGUGGAUCCACAGAUCUAAUCCAUUUCACUUUCAGAUGUUCCUCUCUUUCGAUUCUUGAAGACCUUUUGUGCAGUCUUUUCUGCUGAGGUGGACAGAAUUAGCUCAAGUCAUCAUUAGAUGUGGAGGGUGGUUUUGAUGAAAUGAGGUAUGUUAUCGGGAUUGAUGAACUUAUUGAGGGCCUGCUUUCGGCCGAAAGCAGAUCCAUAUGUUCACACGGGUUCGGAUAUUAGUGGUCAUCAAGUAGGGCUUCUGUGGAAUAAGGACACAGGACAGCAUUUUAAUGGAGAGUUUUCAAUGGCGGUAGUUCAAGCUAAUAAUUUAAUUGAGGAUCAGAGCCAACUUGAAUCAGGUAGUUUAGGUGCCCUUGGUUCUGGGCCAUAUGGCACUUUUGUGGGGAUUUAUGAUGGACACGGUGGUCCUGAGGCUUCUCGAUUUGUCAAUGAUAACCUCUUCCAACAUCUUAGAGUGUUCACCUCCGAGCAUCAAACUAUGUCGCCAGAGGUAAUUCGGAAGGCAUUUCAAGCGACAGAAAAUGGUUUUUUCUCGAUUGUCAGCAAACUGUGGCCAACUAAACCACAGAUAGCAUCGGUUGGCACAUGCUGCCUCGUUGGAGUUAUCUGCAACUCAACUCUCUAUGUUGCCAACCUUGGCGAUUCCCGAGCUGUUAUGGGCAGGCUUGUCAGGGCAACAGGGGAAGUACUGGCCAUUCAGCUCUCAACAGAACACAAUGCUAGUAUUGAAUCUGUGAGACAGGAACUGCAAUCUCUUCACCCAGAUGACUCGCAAAUAGUAGUUCUAAAGCAUAAUGUGUGGCGUGUUAAGGGCAUUAUACAGAUAUCUAGAUCAAUUGGUGAUGUGUAUUUGAAGAAGGCUGAAUUCAAUAGGGAGCCAUUACACGCUAAGUUUCGACUCCUUGAAUCUUUCAAAAGACCAAUUUUGAGCUCAGAACCUUCAAUUUCUGUGCACCAAUUGCUACCUCAAGAUCAAUUCAUUAUAUUUGCGUCAGAUGGCCUGUGGGAACACCUCACCAACCAAGAAGCUGUUGAUCUAGUCCAAAAUCAUCCACACGGUGGGAGUGCUAGGAGAUUAGUGAAAGCAGCACUGCAAGAAGCUGCGAAGAAGAGGGAAAUGAGGUACUCCGACUUAAAGAAAAUUGAGCGUGGAGUCCGUCGGCAUUUCCAUGAUGACAUCACUGUUAUUGUUGUGUUUCUCGACUCACAUCUUGUGAGCAAGGCAUGCUCAACCAAAAGUCCUAAUAUAUCCAUGAAAGGAGGCGGAGUCAUCAAUCUACCUCCAAAUCUGCUUUAUCCUUCAACUGGAGCUACUUGAUGAUGCUGCCGCUAAUUUUAUCUCCUCUUGUACUGUACUAUUCAAAUGUGGAUACUGAUGGUUUCUUAAAAGUUAAGAGAUGUCUUUGAAUUUCUGAUGUACACCCUGUAGCUUUUAACCGAAGAAGACGCAAUAACUUGGCUGUAGUUUCGAUACCUGAGGAGGCUGGGAAAAAGAACUCCAAGUUAAUAAUAAUUAUAGUUAUGUUGUCGGGGUUAUUUUUUCACUAUUUCUUGUUUCUCACUUGUUGUGUCAUUUGCUUGUGUAAAUAAAUUCUAUAAUCUUACAGCUAAAUAACUUGAUUGAUA